AUGCCACUUUGUGGAUCGUCUUCAGGAACAACCUCUCAAAAAAUAUCAUCAAAUACUGGUGGUUCUAAUAACAAUAAAUCUAGCAGCGCUAAUAACAACAAUAAUUCCAGCAGUAAGAAAUCCAAUAAUAGACCAAUCGAACGUAAGUUGGUUAUCUUGGGUGAUGGUGCUUGUGGUAAAACUUCUUUACUAAACGUUUUCACCAGAGGUUAUUUUCCAAAGGUUUAUGAACCUACGGUUUUUGAAAACUAUAUUCACGAUAUUUUUGUUGAUGGUCAGCAUAUUACUCUAUCCUUAUGGGAUACUGCCGGCCAAGAAGAAUUUGACAGGCUAAGAAGUCUAAGUUACAAUGAUACCCACGUUAUAAUGUUAUGUUUCAGUGUUGAUUCAAAAGAUUCUUUUGAAAAUGUUCAAAGCAAAUGGUGUGGUGAAAUUGCCGAUUUUUGCGAAGGCGUGAAGUUAGUUUUGGUUGCUUUAAAAUGUGAUUUAAGAGCUGAGACUCAAAAUCCUCAAAUAUUGAACCCGGCAACUAUCAAUGGUACUAAUAAUACAGAUAAUAAUAACAAUAAUAUACGAAACAAUAAUACAAUUACUUAUGAAGAGGGAUUAGCUAUGGCAAAGAAAAUUGGUGCCCUAAGAUAUUUGGAGUGUUCUGCUAAACUGAACAAGGGUGUUAAUGAAGCUUUUACUGAAGCUGCUCGUGUAGCCUUGACAGCUGUUCCUAAAGGCUCAGAAGACCAUUAUAACAAUAACAACAACAACAACAAUAAUAAUAAUAAUAAUAAUAAUAAUAACAGUACCAAUAAUGUUAAUAUCAAUCGUAAUAAUAACAAUAAUAGAGGAAAUUCCCAACGAAACACAAAUGAGUUGUCUAAGAUUAAGUCCAAUAGUAGUGGCUGUACGCUUAUGUAA